GAGUUUGUUUGUAAACACUGACAGACAGUGACUGUUGAUGUGGUAGUGUUGACGCCUACCCACUGGACACACACUGGAUCUGUUGCACGUGAGGUCUAUGUCUAUGUCUGCGUGCAUACAAUCCAAGUGAGCGACCAUUUGUUAAAAAUGGAGGAAAACAGCGAGAAGUUGGACAAAGCCAUCAAAAGUUUGGAUUUAUUCAAAGAGCUGCUCAAUAAGAGUGAUUUACAGACGCGACAAAUGUCUGUAAUAUUAGACAACUUCUCGGAAAGACUGUCCAAAUUGGAGACAACUAUACAACCCGUGUAUAGAGAGACGGGAAAUCUGCAGACAAUUCAGCAAAACAUUGUCUCGACUCUGGAACGACUCGAUUAUGUCAUCAAAUUCUAUACAGUGGCCAAUGAGGUGGACACCAUCAUCACCACCGGACCCAACGACUCGCUCGAGACUUACCUCAAGAACUUGGAUCGACUCAAAGAAGCCAUUGAUUACUUCGAACUCAAUAACCCCGAGAGUCCUGAACUCAUGAAUGUGAGUGCAUUGUAUGAAAAGGGAGGCAAUUGUAUCGAAAGGGAAUUCAGACAAUUGCUGUCCAGACAUAGUGUAGCCGUUCCUCCGAUUCUUAUCUAUGAUUUGGUUCACGAGGAGGACAGUCAGGACACGGGAGAGGCCGACAAAACCAUUUUAGAGCAGUUGCCGGGUCUUCGAGAUCACCAGAAGUCAUGCAGCGGUGGAAUACAACUGAGUGGUCAGCCUAUGAGUCACAGCUCUCCAGCCAUGGGUCGCAAGAGUAUUACCGGUCAGAUGAAAGAGUCGAGUGCUGUUCGGCGCACACCUAAGAGUAUACAACAGGCGCACUACUCCUUUGAAGUUCUACAUUAUGGCCCGCUACAAAACCCGUUAUUUAGCGAACUCAAACUCAUGAAUGGAAUCAUUCGUUUAGAACAUCAAAGACCUAUCUUUAGUCGUUUGGUUUACACGUCUCUCGACAGUGUUGUCGGAGAGGGAGAGCUGUUGGCCAAUAGGGUUAAGAAGUGUAUCGCUCGUCAAGACUUCCCUUCAGCGCUCUGUUUGUUCCCAAUCCUUAGACAUCAGGCAUCGAUGAGACAUAACUUUGAUCUACUCUUUGACGGAUGCAAUCUUGAGGUUCAGUCCAAAUUUCAGGGAUUAGUGGUCGCACUCCAGACCACAAUUUCCCGAAUAACAGAUAUACAAUCUCUUGAGAAUUCCUCGGACAAGAAUAGGCUGGCGUUCGCACAGUAUAUAACUCGAGUGCUCGCAUCCCUGGGACUAACCCUUCAAAACAAGAGUGAAUUUUACAGCGAUCCUCACUUGAAGGCUAUUUUCAAACUCAAUAACACUCAUUAUAUUCUUAAGACGCUGAGGAAAUCCAAUCUUCUGAAUAUCGUUCACAUGUAUAACCGAGAGAUUGAGUCCGUAUACGAGGAACAGAUGUUGGACUCGAAGAGAAUCUAUUCUCAGAGCUGGAGUCGAGUUCUGCAUUAUGUGUUGGAAAUGGAUAAACCCUUUUCACAACAGAGAACUUUACCCGAAAUGAAUAAUAUGGCGAAUAUGAGACUCAAAGACAAAGACCGCCAAAAUAUUAAAGAUAAAUUUGCUAGUUCAGUGAACAGCAAAACGAGUGAUCAGUUCCUUUGUAUCCCUCGAGUUGCAGUGCAAACACCUUCAGCACAGAGUCUGAGGUCACGGUCACUAUCGGUGCCCUCAAUGGACGAAAAUAUUCUGUUGGACUACAACUCAGUCUCCAAAUCAGUUCACAAUAGAGUGAAUGAGAGACUCAUUACCUUGUCUUCGAGACAUUUGUCCUUUCCUUCACCUCCAGAGUCGAGUCAAUCCCCGGAUUUCCAUUUCAAUAACAAUUCAGAAGCACUAAAAAGAGGUAAUUUCAUUGGAAAGGGUCAUCACUCGCAAAGGGAAAGUACUCACAACUAUUCCACUACUAAUAGCAAGCAAUUGCAACAAACUGCUAAAUGGAGGUCUUUAGGCACCGAUGACAGCCCUUUUGUUGUCAAUAUAAACCAUAUCCACAAUAAUGAGAGAUCCGAUGAGGUAUUAAACACCAAGAUAUUAGGUGCCAUUGGUUUUGAUGAUAACAUAGUGUUGACGCCUACCCACUGGACACACACUGGAUCUGUUGCACGUGAGGUCUAUGUCUAUGUCUGCGUGAAUACAAUCCAAGUGAGCGACCAUUUGUUGAAAAUGGAGGAAAACAGCGAGAAGUUAGACAAAGCCAUCAAAAGUUUGGAUUUAUUCAAAGAGCUGCUCAAUAAGAGUGAUUUACAGACGCGACAAAUGUCUGUAAUAUUAGACAACUUCUCGGAAAGACUGUCCAAAUUGGAGACAACUAUA